AUGUCGUUCCGAAAUGUCUCCGAUAAAGAGGACUUAAAAGUGAUUUGCAUAGCGGUCAACGAAGAUGGUACUUUCUCUCGAGACAUUAUUGUAGGCGGCAGUGAUUUCAGACUGAUUAAAGACGUCAAAGUCAAGAGCGUCUCUCUGAAAGCCAAAGGUGACGCCAGCGCAGAGUGGUCAGAGGGAAACACAAAGUUCAUUUCGCACUGGAGAUAUUUCAAAGUGAAGAAGUUAGUUGAAAAAAAUGAUAAAGACACUGUACUUCCCCAAUGGGGUCAAACACUUUAUUCUUCAUGUUUAAAAUUCCCAGAGUGUGACAUGCCUUCAUACAGGGAAACAGUGGAAGAAUUGUCUACAUGUUUGAAAGCAAAGAUAUCCAGGAGCUGGCGGUGGUCUUCUGAAGCACAAAAAGAGAUCAAGUUUGUUUCCAGUCCUGUCCACCCACCGCUCAAGCUGAUGUGUCCACAAUCUGGUUCAGUGAGUAAAAUGAUCAGGUCGCACCAAGGACAAGUCCGAAUGUCUGCUACUAUUAACAGAGGAGUUUGCUCUCCAGGUGAAACUUUAUCUGUUGUUGCCAAAAUCUGCAACUCCUCGUCCAAAGACACGAGGCCCAAAUUCAAACUUCAGCAGAGAACAGUGUACCGCUGCAAGAAACAUACUAAUGUCACAUAUAAAACUCUGUUCAAAAUGGUCGGGGACAUUAUUGGUCCAAAUUCAGAGCAAACUGUCUCCUGCCAGCUGAAGAUUCCUGAUGAUGCCAUUCCACUCUCCAUAACUGUAAUAAUCUCAGUUGAAUAUGACAUCAAGGUGUAUCUGGACAUUAGUUUUUCCUUUGACCCAGAGGUGGUGUUUCCACUGGUUAUCGUUCCCACCAAACAUGCUCCCAUUAGGCCUGGUGAGGCUGUGGGACAGUCUGAGGAUGAGGCUGAGACAGCUGAGGCGGCAAGUGGCAGCAGCGUCCUUUCCCCUGCGUUCCCCACUGGAUUUGGCUCUGAAUCCACAGAUCCCAUGCAGCAUUCAAACAUGAAAAGUGACAAUUCUAGCCAGUGGCCACAAGGUGCCGCUUCCCAGGCGUUUUCAAGUCCGACUUUCACAGUGGCUUCAGUGCAGCAACCAGGCGCUACUGCUCAGCCUGCAUUUCUGCAGGGAGAACAGUCUCCAUUAUAUACAUCCAUUUACCACUGUCAGAAUGAACAACCGUAGAAGCUGAACUGAAUCUUCGCCAGAGCAAUCACCACCCUGAACUCACACACUCACCCACCGUAAAUGUGCAACACCCACAUCUCUGUGCAAUAUUAUAUUAUUCAUACUGAACAAUAUCUAACAU